UCAGCAGUGGAGUGAAGUGCAAAUUUGUGAACUUAAGUGAAAGCAGAGAAACCGUUUCGCUAGAAAAAAUGCCUUUCGUCGUGGUCCAAACUAAAAAGAAUAAAAAGGCCAGGCCUACUAUGACGGUAGUUCCAUCGACGUGGGCCAAGAACAAUACAGUUUAUUGGCCAACUGCCAAUUUGGUUACACUGUCCUAUGAUGAACAUUCGCAACCAGAAGAGACGUGGCAAUCACAAAAGUGUAAAAUAAUAGGAAGUGGACCAACGUAUACUGAUGCCGAUAAUAUCAUGAAAAGGCUCGAAGUGGUGACAGAUUCCGAGGAUGCGGCGGAGAUCAGCCGUGCCACGAGAGCAACACCCGGAUCAAAAAAAGCUAAAUUUUCAUCGAAAACGUAUCAGCUGAAGGUUACCCCGGCUUCUUCGAAGCAUCAGCUGCAGGACUAAUUGGCAAUUUGAGCGUACAAGAUUAUUAAACAAACAUUGGAAGAAAAAUUCCUGCUAAAGCAAGCAUUUCUUGAGAAAACCGCGGUAUUUGAC